AUGCCCGCCGACAUGUCUAUGGUCCCUUACAAUGCGGGAAACCUUGAUGUUGUUUUGCGGCACAAUGACUCUGUGGUCGUCUUCGACCAUGAUUCCCAACAGCUCGUUCUCCGCAAUACGUCAGAUACGGACAUUGAAAAUUUGGAGCUAGCCAACUGCCCAUUCUGCCAUCGCUCAAUGCGUGAUAAUAGUAGAGAACAUCAUGGCGGGGAUACUGAACCGGAAGGGGAGUUCAUUAACCCAAACUACUUCCACAUGCUCAACAAUAGUCUCCCUGGCUCCGCGACAUCCUCAUCUCCUCCAUCUCCACGCCAUCGCCUUGUUCAACCCUCACUCCCUCGUGGCCCUGCCAGUAACACACCAGUCCGACCUGCCUCAUCCUCACAACCGUCCCCCCAAGGAAUUUCCUCCGCAGCAUUCAGUCCAGAUUACUUCAAGAGGUUCUUCGUGGAGGAACGAGUGCUGGGCAAAGGUGGAAAAGGUGUGGUGCUCCUAGUGAAGCAUGUCCUAGAUAGUGUGUCUCUUGGUCAUUAUGCCUGCAAGCGUGUUCCCGUUGGCGACGAUCAUGAGUGGCUCGAAAAGGUCCUGGGCGAAGUACAGCUAUUGCAGCAUCUCUCGCACCAGAAUCUUGUCUCAUACCGUCAUGUCUGGCUGGAAAAUGCGAAAAUAAGCACCUUCGGCCCGAGUGUGCCUUGCGCAUUUAUUCUACAGCAAUACUGCAAUGCUGGUGACUUGCAUGAUUACAUCUGUGGCUCUAUGCAAACCUCGACCACUGCGCAGCAAUUGAAGGACCGUCUUCGCCGCAAAUCUAAAGGCGAGCCGGAGCCUCGAAUCAACCUGGGAGGAGCUCGCACACUGCAGCUAGAUGAGAUUUAUUCUUUCUUCCGCGAUAUUACCUCUGGACUCCGUUAUCUUCACGCCAAUGGGUACAUCCAUAGAGACCUGAAACCAAACAACUGCCUGCUCCACGAGACCAGUGACGGCAUCAGAGUUUUGGUCAGCGAUUUCGGUGAGGUACAGUCUCAAAAUGCAAUGCGCAAGUCAACCGGUGCUACCGGUACUCUUUCAUACUGUGCACCCGAAGUUCUUCGCCAAGAAUAUCCUGAUGGACCAUUCGGCAAUUUUACGUUCAAGUCUGAUAUUUUCUCACUCGGAAUGAUCCUUUACUUUUUAUGUUUCGCAGCUCUUCCAUACGCGAAUGCCGACCUCAUAAACGAAGAAAAAGAGGACUUGGAUCAACUCCGUGCAGAGAUCACUAGCUGGGCUGGAUUUGACCAUGCACGAGCUAUCCGCUCUGAUCUCCCUGAAAAGCUGUAUAGGUUUCUAGAGCGUUUGCUCUCGGUUGAUCCCGGCCGAAGACCCUCAGCCGACGAGGUGUUAAAUGGCAUCCAAGUCGGUGCCAAUUCAAAUGAAAACUUUCGCUUCAGGAAGGCAAGCACGGGAAGCUCCGACCUGCCCGGGGCUCGGAUCCGCCCAUUGGACAGCCAGCAGCCAUCAGUCGAGCGAACACUCUCCCCCACCAAAAAGAUGCGCCGAAGCCCAACAUCUUUCCGGCGUGACUCGGUACCCGAUUCCAGUAAUUCUCGAAGCAACAAGGCGCCUGUGUCUGACCUCAAUCCAGAGGAGGGCCCUUCUUUUGGCCCAGAUCGAGAAAUGAUCGUCCGGCAUCGCUACUCUACUUCACCCCCAUCAUCAUCUCCAGCCCAUCCUCCUCACGAAUCAUCAUCACCCCUCGAACCCCAGGCUCAACAAGUCCCUCGAAAUCAUCUUCUCCCACCUCCACCGAGCCGCUUUCCCGUUAUGAAUUUCCUGGCAUCUUGGAACUUAUUACUACCCUCGCCUGUCUUGCAACUAACUCUCUUCCUCGUCAAAAUCACCUCCCUUCUUCAUCCAUGCUCGCCGCUGGCCGUCAACCCCUGGAUCCUUUACCCUCUUCUUCUCUCUGCAGCAUUUACGUUAACAACGCGCAGCAUUCGGGCCCAGACCCUUGCCAUCUUUGUACACCUACUGGUCGUCGGGCUAGGUUUCCGUCUAGGUGCCCUUUGUACUUGGCACAGAAACCCGGAGAUGGACUUGUAA